CUUCAAUUAUGGUGGCGUCACUCGAUUAGUGGGGAAACUGGACGCGUAUCGACCGAGUACAAAAUUAUUUUUAAACAGUAAUUGCGAGAUUCUACGUGUUAAUUAUAUACAUAAUACUACUUAACAGCAUCCAAAAUAUAUAAAUUUCAAGAUUACGUUAUCAAAUAAUGGCCAGCAAAACUGGUGCGAAAACGACGACAAUGGAAGUGGAAGAAUUGAAAGCUAUUUUAGAAUCAAAAGAUGGUGUUAUGGAGGAAAUAAUGUAUACUGAAGAAGGAGUAGAGAUUCAAGAGUCAGAUGAUAUUCAAGAGGAAGAAGAAAUAGUUGAAAUAAUUGAAGAAAUUGAAGUUGUAGAAAGCGAGGAAGAAACUGAGGAAGUUGUAGAACAAUCCAAAACAGUAUCAGCAGCAGAAACUACUGAUGGUGAAUCUGUUGAUGAUCAGAAUGAAAAAGUCGCUCACAGAUCUAAAAAACCACGUCUUGACAGUGAUAGAAGUACCAACAGUCAAAGAAUAUUUUCUUAUGAUGCAGAUGAUGAUUGGACGCUUGAAGAAACUGAUCCUUUAGAAAUAAAAUCAGCUUCUGCCAAUCAAGUUAUUACAAAUAAUGACAAGCAAAUUACAAUGAAUGGAAAUAAAUCAAGUUCAAGUAAAGCAAAAGGAAUUAGACAAGAAGAGGAUAGUCCUCAUGAAAUUGUCAAGAAUGUUGAAAAUGAUUUAGUGUACACGGUUUUAGGAUCUAAAAAACAGAAUGAAUCUUCAAAGCAUCAGGAAGAUCCACGAUAUAUUAAAAUGGAGAGACUAGAAGAAAAUUUAGGUGAAGAAGAAGGAACGAUUUAUUAUGAAGGAGAUGAAAUGGGUAAUAUUUAUGUUGCUCAUGCAGUAAAUGAUGGAGAGGAAUAUCAAUAUGAGGAACAAGCUCUCGAACAAGAAGAUCAAGAACAAAUUGUAGAACAAGAACAAUGGGAAGGACAGGCUGAAGAACAAGGACAGGAAGAUGAUAAUGAUCAGGAACAAAUAUUUUUACAUGAAGACGAAAAUGGUCAACUUUAUUUUAAAGAUGAAAAUGGUGUUAUGCAACCAGUUUAUUUCACGGAAGACGGAAAUUAUGCUAUUGCUGAACCUGUGAGUGAUGAACAAGACACUCAUGAAAUGAGAGUUCAACAAAAAACACAAGAAGCUGCUAUUAUUACGCCACAUAUAGAAAACGACCAUAUAAGACAGGGAUCAUCGACAUCAAGUCCAACCAAUAAUGACAAUGACAAUGAAGAUAACACAGUAACGAUUUCUCUAAUUAUCUCCGAAGAUGAAAACGGAUUAAAGAGAACUCAAGUAAUUAUUCCAACAACAGAUGCAUUGAAGUGUGAAAUUUGUCAAAAGAGUUUCAAAACCCAGUUCCAAUUACUUAGACACAAUCGAUUAAAACACGCUCGAGAAGAAGAUAUAACGACGCGUAAUUUCCCUUGUGAUCUAUGUCCGAAAAGAUUCCCUGAUCAAAAUACACUAGCUAGACACAGGAAAACCCAUACAGGAGAUAGACCAUUCCAAUGUUUGGAGUGUCAAGAAACUUUCCCAACUGCUCCUGCCUUACGUCGUCACAUGAGUCUUCAUAAUCCUGAAUCUAAACCUUUACCUUGUAUUUACUGUGGUCGACGGUUUGUUGAUAAACCUGCACUUCAAAAACACGAGGAAUCUCAUUUAGCUGGAGAACAACAGCGUGGACAUACAUGUGACAUUUGUCAUAAAUUAUUCUCAACCUCUACUGAUUUAAUGGUGCACAAGAAGAAUCAUGAUCCUGAUAAGAAAUUUGAUUGUGAAGUUUGUGGAAGAGAAUUUAAUCGACUGAAUAAUUUACAGCGUCAUAUGUUAGUGCACCAACAGGUACGUGAAGAAUCUAAACAAGGACAAAACCAAGAGAUUCUAUCGUGUGAUGUAUGCGGAAUUACAUACAAAUUUAUGAGUUCACUUACUCGACACAUGGUUACAUCUCAUAUGAAUCCAGAAAAAUUACGACAACAAGCUGAAGAACAGCGACGAAAACGUGAAAAUAACUACAAACGUUAUCUUGAAAAUCGAAAAAUGUAUGAAACCCAACAUGGACCUGGAUAUCCUAAACGUUCAUGGCGAAGUGCUAUGAAUAGUGAUCCGGAUGAUGAUUUAGCCUGAGAAUCAGUUUAUCACUCGUCAGAUGAUAAUUUUACAUAUUCUCGUAAUUAUCGUCAGGAACGUGGUCAUUCUCGUGAUCAUAAUCGAUCACAAAAUACAUCAAGUUGGCGUUACAGAUAUGAGUAAUGCAUUUGAUAUAAGAAAAUGAAAUUUAUACAUAAAUUAUGAUUAAUUAGUUAUAAUCAUAUUCAAUAAUUAUUGUAUGUUUGAGGUAUAAGGAUUCAAAGACCAAUAACAUUUUCUUUUAUUUUGAAAGCAAAAAGAAAUUUGACUUAUAUAAAUAUAUCUGAAAAUAUUCUGAAGUCGAAAUUACAGGUUUAUAAUUAUAAAUUUUGCAAGCAAUUAUGGAACAUUUAAUUGUUCUCGUAAACAUUAGUAUUUACAUAACGUAAAUGUUCAGAUAAAUGGAAAUUAUACAAAACAUUCACAUACGUGUGUGUGCUUUAUCAAUUAAAAUGAUUAAUAAUAACCAUGUUACGACUAUUAGUGACUAAAUAAAUAGACAUAAAUAUGUAUAGA